AUGUUUGCACAGAUAGGCAUCUUGGCUGUGUCUGUGGUCACCAUAAUAUUAGGACUGGGCUUAGGUCUUGGCCUUCAACUGGAAAACUGUAGAAACAAAGUGCCAGUGUCCUGCCAUAAUCGCUGCUACGAGCCUUAUGAUUACGAGACUCCAGGCUGUCGCUGUAAUGAGCAGUGUAUCAGCAAUAACAACUGCUGCUAUGACUUCCAGGAGAUCUGCCUUCAGCCAGCUGAGAGCUGGGAAUGCACUCUAUUGAGGUGUGGGGAGAAACGUGUUGCUGGCAGUAAAUGCCAAUGUUCUGAGGACUGUCUGCAUGCUGGAGACUGCUGCACGAACUAUAACAUUGUCUGCUGUGGAGUAACCCCGUGGGUUCAAGAUGAUUGUGUGAACAUGACCAGCCCAAAAUGCCCAGCAAAUUUUAAGAGGCAACCUUUACUGCUGAUCUCUCUGGACGGCUUGAGAGCAGAAUAUCAGUACACAUGGCAUUCCCUCAUACCAGUGCUGAACAAGCUAAGAAAGUGUGGUACUUCCUCCAUCUUUAUGCAGCCUGUGUUCCCCAGUAAAACUUUCCCUAACCACUAUUCCAUUGUAACGGGUCUGUACACCGAGUCCCAUGGUUUGGUGGAUAAUAACAUGUAUGAUCCCAUAUUUGACGCUUCAUUUAGUCUAUCCAACAGUGAGAAGGACAACCCUAGAUGGUAUCUAGGGCAACCAAUUUGGCACACAGCAAGAUAUCAGGGUCUGCGAGCAGGAACAUUCUUCUGGCCAGGAUCAGAUGUGAAAAUAAAUGGAACAUUUCCUCAUCUGUAUGAAAAGUAUAAUGGAACAAUUCCUUUUGAGCAGAGAGUAUUCACUGUACUGAAGUGGUUACAGUUGCCUGAUGAUCAGCGACCUGAUUUUUACACUCUUUAUUUGGAAGAACCAGAUAAAUCUGGUCACAGUUUUGGACCUGUUAGUGGAGGGUUGAUUAGUGCAAUUCAAGGAGUGGACAAGGUGAUUGGACAGCUGAUGAAUGGACUUAAACAGCUCAACCUCCAUGAAUGUGUCAAUAUAAUUGUUGUGGCUGAUCAUGGGAUGGAGGAAACCAGCUGUGAGAGAAAAGAAGUUCUAGAGGACUUGGUGGGUGAUGUGUCACAGCUGUAUGUGACUGAGGGAGUAUUUGGUCGCAUCAGAGCCAGGAACAAAACAAUCACUUUGGAUGCCGCAGGUUUGGUGGCCAACAUGACAUGUAAGAAAUCCGAUCAGAAGGUGAAGGCAUAUUUGAAGUCUCAUCUACCCAAACGUUUCCACUACGCAAACAGCAGACGCAUAGAUGAUGUUAACGUGCUUGUCACCACACGGUGGCUUUUUGAAAGGUAUCCAGGAUCCCUUUCUUUCUGCACUGCUGGUAAUCAUGGCUAUGACAAUGACGAGCCCACCAUGCAGGCAAUGUUUCUGAGUUAUGGACCAAAAUUUUACUCUCAGACUGUAGUUGAGCCAUUCUCCAACAUAGAGCUGUACAAUCUUAUGUGUGAUGUGUUAGAGAUCACACCAGCCCAAAAUAAUGGUAGCCAUGGCAGCUUAAACCACAUGCUGCGCUCGCCACCUUAUUCACCUGAACACCCAGUGGAGCAGAGCUCACCCGGCAAUUGUCCCAUGCACAGUUUGGAGCCCAGUGAUCAAAUGGGCUGCUCCUGCCCUGCCCUGGGUGACACUAAUCCCAACGCUCGCUUAAACCUAACUGACACUGAAGUGUCUGUAAGUGAGGGCAAACAUCUGCUGUUUGGAAGACCCAGAGUUCUGCAGUCUAGCAUCAACUACUGCAUACUUCAUCAUCAUGGCUACAUCAGUGCCUACAGCAGACACAUGCUUAUGCCACUCUGGAGCUCAUUUACUGUGGAAAAAACAGCUGGAGGUAUUCCUGGUUCACUGCCAACGGUGACAGCAGACUGUCUGAGAGCAGAUGUGAGAAUUCCAGCAGAACAGAGUCCUACCUGUGACCAGUACAACAGCAGCAACAAUAUCACACAUGCCUUCCUGUACCCACCCAAUCUAAACAGCACAGCAGAAGAGCAUUUUGAUGGCCUUAUUUUGAGUAAUGUAGUGCCCAUGUACCCAGCCUUUAAGAGGCUGUGGCAGUACUUUCAGGAUUUUUUACUGUUGAAAUAUUCCUCUCAGUAUAAUAGAAUCAAUGUGGUGGCUGGACCUGCAUUUGACUAUAACUCCGACGGACAUUACGACACUCCAGACCAGAUACAAGAGUUUGUUCCAGGCACCCGUAUUCCCAUCCCCACCCAUUAUUUUACAGUCCUGACAAGCUGCUUGGAUGUGACCCAUCCUGUACAUGAAUGUGAUGAUGAACUGCACACUGUCUCUUUCCUAGUACCACAUAGACCUACCACCUCUGAGAGCUGCCUGAGCAACCAAGAGGAGUCUUAUUGGGUGGAGGACCUGAUUUGGUUUCACCAAUCACGUGUCCAAGAUGUUGAGUGGAUAACAGGACUGGACUUCUUCCAGAGUAGCAUCCGGCCACUCCCCGAGAUUCUACGGGUAAAGACACGUCCCACAGCUGCAAUUAAAAGAAAACCAUAAAACCAUGAUUGGGUGAAAAAAAAAAAAAACAUCAUAAUAUCAUAAUA